AUGAGUUCUAAAAUGGGAAAUAAUGUUAAAGUUGCCGGAGUAGAGACCAAUGUCAAUGCUUUGGAAGGGGACAGACAUAUAAAAUCCAGCGAUGGCGCUCAGGGCAGUGGAAGCUUUGGUAUGGCCAGCGAUAGAGCCGCGGGUGAUCAAGUCGAUGGAGAGAUUUUGGAACAUGCCAUUGAAAACUUGGAGACCAAAGAUAAAAAGUGGUGGGCUUAUUUGCUUACAAGAGACUUCUGGAUUGUCUUAAUUCUUGGACAAAUUCUUUCACUUUGCAUCACGGCUACCAAUACAUUCAGUACACUCCUUGCGAAUAAGGGAACCUCGAUCCCAGCCUUUCAGACUCUCUUCAAUUACAUCGUGCUGUGCGCUAUCUACACGACUUAUACCAUCUACAAGUAUGGAUGGAGAGAUUAUUUCAAGCUUCUCUGGGUAGAUGGCUGGAAGUAUGUCAUCUUGUCUUUCAUGGAUGUUGAGGGAAAUUAUUUCACAGUUUUGGCUUAUCGAUGGACCAAUGUCCUCAGCGCUCAACUCAUCAACUUUUGGUCCAUCGUUUGCGUUGUAAUCGUCUCGUUCAUAUUCCUCGGUGUUCGAUACAAGUGGCUCCAAGUCAUUUCCAUUCUCGUUUGCUGUGGUGGUAUGGGUAUUCUUCUUGCAUCUGAUCAUAUCACUGGUUCCAAUGGAGGCAACCCACCUACCAUGUUGAAGGGUGAUCUUUUUGCAUUAGCAGGCGCUACCCUCUACGGUCUUUCAAACGUUUUCGAAGAAUGGUUCGUUUCUAAACGGCCUAUGUACGAAGUCCUAGGCAUGCUUGGUCUCUUCGGUAUCAUCAUCAACGGUAUCACAGCUGCCAUAUUUGAUCGUCACUCUUUCCAAAACGCCGUCUGGGACGGCCAAGUCGGAGGUUAUAUUGUUGGAUACACACUCGCUCUUGCACUUUUCUAUACCCUAGCUCCUAUUAUCCUACGAAUGGCAUCUGCGGCAUUCUUCGACAUCUCGCUUCUCACGGCCAAUUUCUGGGGUGUGGUUAUUGGUAUCAAUGUUUUCGGAUACACCAUCUACUAUUUGUAUCCAAUUGCAUUUGUGUUAAUUAUCCUAGGAUUGUUUGUCUAUUUCCUUUCGGGAAGCAUGUUGGGAGAUGCGGUCAAACCAUGGUUGGGCAAAGAUCAACAGGCUGGUGUUGCGGGUGUAGGAACGGCAAAGUUAAAGGCUAUUAAUGAAGCGAAGAGAGAGGGUCUACUUAAUUCUGGGCAGGGAAUGGCUUGA